UUCAUUUUGAACUCAAAACAUUGAUUGAUUCACGUGUUUUGCAGCCUGGGUGACCAUAAAAUGCUGUGAAUUAUUAGAUAUAUUAAUAAACUACACAAAACACAUGUUUAUUAAAAUAGCCUGCAUUUUAUUUAUUGUAAUUUACCCCGGAUAUACUGCAUCAAAGGUAACCUAUGUGUUUCCGGAAUUUCCAUACAAAGAAACAAGUAAAAAUGAGGUGAUAUAUAGGGAAGUCGAAGGUGUUUGUGAACGAGGCUGUCUGGAUAAAAAUGGGGUAGCAAAGACGAUUUGUGUGAGGCAGUGUGUGUCUCCGUCUUGUUUUAGGGACCUCUACCAACAUGAUAUGGUAAGAUUCAGGAUUUCUGGUGUUCUAUAUGUAUAGUUAACUAGAUUUUAAACUAGAAGAUCAUCUAACUUCCAUCUACAUAAAAAAUUCUCUUCAACCUACCCUUUAAUAACUCAACUGUUUGAUAUAGGCUUGACGUCCAGGCAACCAAUGACACACAUCCAAUGCUUUUUCCAAGUCAGCAUAUCGUAUGUUAUGAAAGUAGCAUAAAAAAUUUGAUAAUCUAGAAUUGGAAAAUAUUAAUAUUUAAUUUGAAAAAGAAAAAGGUUGUGGAAGGAAAAUCAUUGGGAAUUCGAACCAAAAAUGUACAAAAUCCUAUGGUAAUCGGUAACAGGU